GUUGUCUUGAAAAGUCAUUUCAACGAAGGUGGGGCCGCACAACUGAAGUUUGAUAUUCACAAAAACUUGUUUGUCCUGUUUGGUCAGUUCACAGCUAAACCUGAAAACUAUUUUAGAAAGUAAGUACUCAGGAAAAUUAUUUUAAAAUGAAGAUGACGCUACACCGAGUUACUCCACACAAGGCAAGUUGAGAAAUUGCUUGACGGAGGUGGGAAUCGAACCCUGUUUUACCAACUUAAACAUAUUAACAAUACGUAAGGAAUGUUGCUCGAAUGCUAUUUUUCUUACAGACUAAAGGAGGCGAUUAUUUUGUUAAAUCUGAUGCCAGGAUCAGCAGUGCUCUUGAAGGAGACUAUGGGAGAGAACAAACGUAAACCAAAUAAGGAGACGUCACGUGAUGCUCUGGAUGAGUUAGGUGUAUAUACAUUGUCACUGAAUGAAGUACUAAAUGUCUUAAAUUCCAGAAUUAAUUGGACAAAAUAA